AUGUUCCCAAACACAGCGGCAUCUGAUAUAUUGAAUUUAUUAAACAAAUGUCCACAGUGCGUUUACGCUGGUUUCGAUCCCACUGCCAAUAGCUUACAUGUUGGAAACCUCCUUGUAAUCAUAAAUUUAUUACACUGGCAGAGAGGUGGACAUAAUGUAAUUGCACUGCUUGGUGGAGCUACAGGACAUAUUGGGGAUCCAAGUGGAAGAAAUACAGAUCGUGUAGCAUUAUCAAAUGAUGUUAUACAAGAAAAUAUUCAGUGUAUAAAAAGGAACCUUGAAACUGUUUUUGAAAAUCAUAAAAAAUACAUUUGGCCUGAAAAAGGAGAUAAACUGAAACCUGUUAGGAUUGUCAACAAUGAAAGUUGGUAUAAAGAAAUUAAUUCAAUACAGUUUGUGAGUGACAUUGGACGUAAUUUUCGAAUGGGAACAAUGUUAUUGAAGCAAAGUGUCCAAAGUCGGAUAAAUUCUGAAGUAGGCAUGAGCUUUACAGAAUUUGCUUAUCAGAUAUUCCAAUCAUAUGAUUGGUUACACUUACUGAAAGAAUAUGAUUGUAAGUUCCAGAUUGGUGGAAGUGAUCAAAUGGGCAAUAUUUCUGCUGGACAUGAACUGAUAAGCAGAACAGUAAAUAAGAAAGUUUACGGUUUAACUCUUCCAUUAGUCACCACGGAAGAAGGUGACAAAUUUGGUAAAUCAGCAGGAAAUGCUCUUUGGUUGGAUGCUAAGAAAACUAGUCCAUACAGCUUAUACCAGUAUUUUGUAAGAACAAAGGAUUCAGAUGUAGAAAGAUUGUUGAAGCUCUUCACUUUCUACAGUUUGGGUGAAAUUAAAGAUAUAAUGUUCAAACACAAAGAGCAUCCAGACCAAAGAUAUCCACAGAUGUGCUUAGCUGAUCAGUUAACAACUUUAGUUCAUGGAGAAAAUGGUCUUGCACAAGCGCGACAAGCGACACAGGCAAUAUACAGCAAAGAUGUAAAAUCACUUGUUGCGCUAAAUUCAUCAGACUUAGAACAAGUGUUUGAAGGAGCACCUGUAGUGAAUUUACUUCUAUCACCUGGCAUCUCUGUACUGAAGCUAGGAAUGAUGGCAAAGUGCUUCCCAACGGAAAGUGAUGCAAUGAGAAUCAUUCAAGCCGGAGGGUUUUAUAUAAAUCACCAAAGAAUAAAAAAUAUAAAUGAAGUUAUAACAGAGUCUGCCCACAUUCUACCCAAUCUAAUAUCACUAUUACGAGUUGGUAAAAGAAACUACUACAUUGUCAAGUGGCAAACAUGA